UUCCAUUAGCACCUGUACUAGAAUUUGACUAUCUCAUCUGUGGAGACUGUGGCAAAGAAUUCAUGGAUUCCUACCUAAUGCAGCACUUUGAUUGGGCAACGUGUGAUAAUUGCAGAGAUGCUGAAGAUAAACACAAGCUUAUAACAAGGACAGAAGCAAAAGAAGAGUAUCUUCUUAAAGACUGUGACUUGGACAAGAGGGAACCAGUGCUCAGAUUCAUUGUGAAGAAAAACCCUCACAAUUCACGGUGGGGUGACAUGAAACUUUAUUUAAAACUACAGGUAAUCAAGCGUUCUCUUGAAGUCUGGGGAAGUGAAGAAUCAUUGCAAGAAGCAAAGGAACUCCGCCGUGACAGCAGAGAGAAGAUGAAGCAGAAGAAGUUUGAUAAGAAAGUUAAAGAACUCCGCCGUGCUGUCAGGAGUAGUUUGUGGAAGAAAGAGGCUAAUAUCCAUGAACAUGAGUAUGGACCAGAAGAAAACAUUGAUGAAGAUACAUAUAAAAAGACAUGUACUGUAUGUGGCCAUGAAUUAACUUAUGAGAAAAUGUAGUGUUAUCCUGAUUUUUUUAUUUAAUGAUCUUUUUAAUGGUAAAUAUUAAAGUCAAAUAAAUGCUAAUUAUGAAUAAGUGUUGC